UCAUGUAGCACUCACAUUAACGCUUGCGCGGGAGUAAUUUAAUCCUCGUUCCUAUGAGUGAGUUACUGAAGAUCCCGACAUGAAAAUCCUUCAAGUUCGAACCUUAGAAAUUAUGAUAUAAGAUGUAUAUACGUCAGUGACGAGAAACGUGUAAUUUGAGUAAACACUUGCCGGCACACAACGACAACGUUAAUAGUUAAGUAGGCAAUUGUUUUAAAGUAUGACGAGAAAAAUUUAUUUCAUUGCUUUCUUUACAAAUUCUUUUAAUUAAUAAGUUUUGCAAACAAUAUAAAGACUUCGAGUACCUGUGUAAGUUCUCCUCGAGUAUCUGAACAAAAGACACGACUUUUUAUUGUUAGAGUCGUUGCAGAAAGCCCGUGCAGGAUAUACAUAUACCUGCAUGAUAGUUACAAUAUUAAUAAAUCCUUUCGUUGAACAAAUGAAAUGGCAACCUGUUGCCAUUCCGUUUUCCAUCAACUCGUGAACGAUGAUAAUUACAAAGAAUCCAACGCUGCAUCAGAUUCAUUGGAUAGUGAUUGUGAAUCAGAGAUGCUAGAAUAUGAACCAUAUGAACCAGAUGAAUUCGACCUGGACCUACCCAAUGAGCCGAAUGAAGAAACGGGUUCAGAAGACAUUACCGUUUCAGGCCGUACUUGGAAAUCUAAUCCACCCUCCAAUCGUGAAUCUCCACCCAAAUCUCUGGGUUGGUCGCUAACUGCAAAGAGCGAGUCAGUACAGACAAUUGGUGAAUGCUUCCACUUAUUUAUCAAUGAAGAAAUUAUUGACAAUAUUAUAUUAUAUACUAAUAAAAAGGCUGAACAAAGUAUGAGAGAAAAUAGAACUUGGAAAAAGUUGGAUCGGGUAGAAAUUGAUGCGUUCUUUGGACUUUUGCUGUUGAUGGGACGAUUUGGAGAAUUCCGUGAGUCCGAGCAAGAUUUGUGGAAACAAGAUACUGGACUAUCUCGACCACAUUACAUCGCAACGAUGUCACGCGAUCGUUUUAUAAAUAUAUUGAAAUACAUCCGUUUCGAUGAUUCUACGACACGUGAAGAAAGGAGGAAGCACGACAAAUUAGCAGCGCUGAGAGAAGUCACGAACAUUUUUACUCAAAACUGUAAAGACUGUUAUAAUGCAACAAGCGUCGGAUGCGUCGACUCACAGGUGGUCAAAUUUCACGAUCGUUGCAGCUUCAAAGUUUGUAUGCAGGACAAAAUGGGUAUUAAAAUUUGGACCCUUUGUGACUCGAACACCUUUUACUGCUGUAACAUGGACGUUUAUUUAGGAAAAAUGGAAAACGAAACGGAGAAACAACAAGGGAGACGUGUUGUUAAACGCUUAUCAGAGAUCUGGAAGGAUUCUAAUCGCUGCAUCGCGACUAAUAAUUUCCUCACGGACAUCGAGCUCGCAGAAGAACUUGUAGAAGAUAAAAUUUUUAUGAUCGGAGCCUUACGGAAAAGCCAACAGGAUUUACCCAAAAUACUUGGAUACACUAAAAAUCGGUCGAAACAUUCAUCGGAGUUCCUAUACACGGAAAACGUGGCAUUAUUAUCCUACAUACCAGAAACAAUGAAACGUGUUGUUUUGUUAUCCUCGUUACACGGCGGACAGAAGAAAUUGGCAGCGUCAGAAAUGCUGAACUGUUACAAAAAUGCGAAAGGAGGUGUAGAUAAACUUGCUACACUGCUGCAGGAUUAUUCCUGUAGAAGAGCUACUUCCCGUUGGACAUUAGCGUUAUUUAUGCACUUCUUAGAUAUCGCGGCAUACAACGCGUUUGUCAUAUGGCAAACGAAAAAUCCAAAUUGGAAACCUAAGACUUCGUUAAAAAUAAAACGAAAAUUGUUCAUCGAAAAGUUAGCAGAGUCUUUGACUUUGAAAAACAUAAACAGCCGAGCAACAGAAUUUGAACAUUGUCGUGUAUUCCUUCACAAGCAUAUUAUAAAUGCGAUAGAGGCAACCGGACGAACUGUCAUAAAGAAGACGAAUACCACUGGUCAAAAGCGUUCUAGGUGUUACAUAUGUAUAGGAAACAAUAACAAAUAUAAUACUAAGUGCGAGAAUUGCGACAGGCACAUUUGCAGUCUUCACUCUCUUCAAAACCGUAUGAUCGUAUGUAAUAACUGUUGUAUAACGACUGUGCUCAGCUAAUACAUGUUAGGGGCAAGUCGUUUUUAAGGACGAUUGCACACGUCGAGAUCAACACGUAAGGAAUGGGCAGCGUAGUUUUUGUUUGAAACAUUGCAUUUAUCAAAGGAGGGAUACAUUGUAAAUAGAAAUAUCUGUGGUCCACGAUUGCCGGCGAAAGCGCGGAGAGUUCUAGCGAGUUCGAGCAAUACUAUGUUGCACAUUGGAGGGAUUCGUGUCGCGGCUCGAAGUCAUGGUGCCAUUCAACACAUUGUAUUAUAAUACAAAAAAUUCUAAGCGUCUGGCCACAGAGUGGUGAAGAAAACAAGACCUUCUGGUAAGAGGACUGUGAAAAACAGCACGGCAUUUACCCCAGACAUUCCGAGGAGUACGAAUCGAUCUAAAUUUCUAACAUACAUGUAAUCAUUUAUUUCGAUAAAUUUUUAGCACUUCGGUGUGGGUCUAAAGUGAGCUAGUCAUUGUUCAUAUCUUUUAUAAUUAUAUUUGUGUAUAAAUACAAUAACUUACAUAUAAUAAAA